AUACAACACCCCUUCCCCCCACCCUAUAAAAGCUUUACUUGCAUAAGCCCAAGCCAUUCAAAAUGCAAGUUCUAUUUCCUGUUAGCUCUUUCUCUACACCAUACAAACCUGAAACUCGAACCGGCCAGGAAACUAAACCGAUCCUUUUUGGCUUAACACCUUUCGUUUUAGUUUGAAACCGAACCAACUAAAGUCUUUUGCAGUUCUAAUGGGAAAGAAAAGGAGUUGGUUUGGUUUCUUUACGAGAUUUUUCGCUUGCAAGGCCGAAUCGAAAGAUGAAAGGGGAACUAAGAGGAGAAGAUGGUGUUUCGGGAUUCUAAAGAUCAAUCGCCACUACCAUGCGCUUGAAACAUCCGAGAAAGAAGUGAUCAACCAUGUGGAAGAUGGUAAACAACACACAAUGGCACUGGCCAAUGCAAUGAGGGUUGCAGCUGAAGCAGCUGUGGCGGCUGCAAAUGCAGCCACCGAGCUUGCUAGGCUCAUAAGGUCACCUGAAGACAUCCAAGGGGCAACCCGAAUCACAGCCGCCAUCAAGAUUCAAUCCUUUUAUCGAGCACAUCUGGCAUGGAAAGCAUUAAACGGACUAAGAGGAGUCGUAAAGCUUCAAGCGGUGAUCCGUGCCCAACUCGUGAGGCAAAGAUUCCUAAACAAAUUAAAGAACACCAACAGAUCAAGAAUCCAUCAAAUCCGGGUCCCUAAAUUCGAUCAAGUACUCUCUAAAAUCUACAAAGAAAAACAAAGUCUUUUUAACCAACUAAAUGACAGAAGAAACAAUCAGAUUACUGAAGACUCAAAUGCCAUAACAACCCACAACUGGCUCGAUCAAGAGUCAUCUAUCGGGUCAAAUCAAAUGUGCCGAAUCAAGAAACUGCGAUUCAGACACAAACAUCACACAGAAGAACAUAAUUCACCUUCUUUUCGACCACGAAUGUUGUAUAACUCAAGAGGACAUUACCACUUGUCCCCUGAUCAAUCAGACGACUCUUCGUUACAGAAUUCACCCGUCUUUCCGGCUUACAUGGCCACGACAGAAUCGUUCAUGGCAAAAGCGCGGUCACUUAGUACGCCAAGACAAAGGCUAUCGUUUCUCGAUGGUUAUUGCACUCAUGGUUCAUCAUCAUCUGGUGUGCCCAUGCUAUCUUCAUCAUCAUCUUUUAAUGGUAGUAUGAAAAGCAAUAUUUACAGGCACAUACAUCUCUGAACCAAAUGUUAUUUUAUGUGUUUUGAAAUAUUAAUACUACUACUUAGAUAUAUACCUAAGUACUACAUGAUCUAAUUGUAAAAUUCUGGAUACUAUAUGAUUCUGUCAAGUGGGUUUUAGAUAUAGAUCAUGACCUAAAGAUU